AGCCCCGGGGCGCUGGCGGAACGAGCGGCGAAGCUGUCAGUCCCCGCCCAGGGGUCGCUGGAGGCGCGCAGGCCGGCUCCGCUCCGUCCCCGGACGAUGCCGCGCGCCUAGGAUGCUGCCGCGCCUCGCUGUGCUGCUGGCGGCGCUCCUCAGCCUCCGCCCAGGCUCGGACGCUCACGGGACAGAACUGCCCAGCCCUCCGUCUGUGUGGUUUGAAGCAGAAUUUUUCCACCACAUCCUCCACUGGACUCCCAUCCCAAAUCAGUCCGAAAGUACCUUCUAUGAAGUGGAACUCCUGAGGUAUGGAAUAGAGCACUGGAAGCUCAUCCCCACUUGCGGACAGACCCUGAUGCUGUCCUGUGACCUCACCGCGGUGACCCUGGACCUGUACCACAGCAGUGGCUACCGGGCCAGAGUGCGGGCUGUGAACAGCACCCAGCACUCCAACUGGACCGUGACCAACACCCGCUUCUCCGUGGAUGAAGUGACUCUGACAGUUGGCAGUGUGAAGCUAGAGAUCCACAAUGGCCUCAUCCUUGGGAGGAUUCAGCCCCCGAGGCCCAAGAUGGCCCCUGCAGGUGUCACAUAUGAAAGCAUCUUCAGUCACUUCCGAGAGUAUGAGAUUGCCAUUCGCAAGGUGCCGGAAAACUUUACGUUCACACACGAGAAAUUAAAACAUGAAAACUUCAGCCUCCAAACCUCUGGAGAGGUGGGAGAGUUCUGCAUCAAGGUGAAACCAUCUAUCAGUUCCCGAACUAACAAGGGGAUGUGGUCUAAAGAGGAGUGCAUCUCCCUCACCAGGCAGUAUUUCACCGUGACCAACAUCAUCAUCAUCUUUGCCUUUGUCCUGCUCUCCGGAGCCCUGGCCUGCUGCCUGGCCCUCCAGCUGUAUGUGCGGCACCGAAGGAAGCUGCCCAGUGUCCUGCUCUUCAAGAAGCCCAGCCCCUUCAUCCUCGGCAGCCAGCCACCCUGUCCAGAGACCCAGGACACCAUCCACCCACUUGACGAGGAGGCCUUCCUGAAGGUGUCCCCAGAGCUGAGGAACUUGGAUCUGCAUGGCAGCACGGACAGUGGCUUUGGCAGUAACAAGCCAUCCCUGCAGACUGAAGAGCCGCAGUUCCUCCUCUCUGACCCCCACCCCCAGGCCAACAGAACGCUGGGUAGUGGGGAGCCCCCUGAGCUGGGGGACAGCUGCGGUAGUGACAGCAGCAACAGCACAGACAGUGGGAUCUGCCUGCAGGAGCGCAGCCUGAGCCCUGGCACACGGCCUGUCUGGGAGCAGCAGGUGGGGAGUGACAGCAGGGACCAGGAUGACAGUGGAAUUGGCCUAGUUCAAAACUCUGAGGGACAGGCUGGGGACACACAGGGUGGCCCAGCCUUGGACCACAGCAGUCCGCCAGAGACUGAGGUGCCUGGGGAAGAAGAUCCAGCUGCUGUGGCAUUCCGGGGCUACCUGAGGCAGACCAGAUGCACUGAGGAGAAGGCAACCAAGACAGGCUGCCUGGAGGAAGAAUCCCCCUUGACAGAUGGCCUUGGCCCCAAAUUCAGGGCAUGCCUGGAUGAUGAGGAAGGCUGGCAUCCACCAGCCCUGGCCAAGGGCUAUUUGAAACAGGAUCCCCUAGAAAUGACGCUGGCUUCCUCAGGGGCCCCAACUGGACAGUGGAACCAGCCCACUGAGGAAUGGUCACUCCUGGCCUUGAGCAACUGUGGUGACCUGGGAACAUCUGACUGGAGUUUCGCCCAUAACCUUGCCUCUCUAGGCUGUCUGGCAGCCCAAGGUGGUCUCCUGGGCAGCUUUAACUCAGACCUGGUCACCUUGCCCCUCAUCUCCAGCCUGCACUCAAAUGAGUGACUCAGGCUGAGAAGCUGCUUUUGAUUUUAGCCACGCCUGCUCCUCUACCUGGACCAGGAAGAGGAGCCCCCUGGGCAGAAGUAAGGCACAAGGCAGUCUGGGCACUUUUCUGCAAGCCCACUGGGGCCAGCCCUGCAGGGCUGGUCAGGGUGCCUGGGGCAGAAGGAGGUUGACUCGCUGAACUAAUGCAGGGUGUGUGGGGGACACUGACCCGUUCUGCUGACUGGGCCCUGCAGACUCUGGCAGAGCUGAGAAGGGAAGGGACCUUCUCCCUGCUUGGGACUCUUUCCUGUAUCAUAACGGAUUAUUUGCUCAGGGGAACCAUGGGGCUUUCUGGAGUUGUGGUGAAGCCGCCAGGCCAAAGUCAGCUCAGACCCAGAACUCCCUGCUUAGGCCACCCAAGCAUCAGGACCUCCAGCAGGAGGAAGGGCUGAGGAAAUGGAAGCUUCAGGACCUCACCGCUGGUGUCAUUUCUAAGGGAAAAAGGAGGAAAUGGAGGCUGAGUUUGACCUCUGGGAUCAUCACAUGGGGAACCUCCCCACACUGGGCCUCUGAGGCAGGAAGCUUAUCACUAAAAGGUCUUAAGGUAAAUACUCUCUGGACAGUCAAACGCCUCAUGAUGGAGUCACCGAGGGGAGACAAACGGAGCUGAGACCCUGGACGGAGCUUCCAGCUCAGAACCCGUCCCUCUAGUGGGUAUCUUUGGUGCCCAUCUGCAAAUAUCUCCCUCUCUCCAGCAAAUGGAGUAGCAUCCCCUUGGAGCACUGGCUGUGGCCAAGCCACUCACAUCCCACCCGCUGCCCCACCAUUUUGCUAGCAAGUUCUAGAGAAGCCAUGGUUUUGUAUUGGUCAUAACUCAACCCUUUGGGCGACCUCUGGGCUUGGGCACCAGCUCAAGCCAGCCCCAGAGAAUCAGGGUUGAGGGCCUGUGCUUGUGGCUGCUAAUGUCCAGCUACAGACCCAGAGGAUAAGGCACUGGACACUGGGCUGGGGUCCCUGCCCUCUUUGUGUUCAGCUAUGUGACUGUGGACCAGCUACUUGUCAGAAGGCCUCAAUUUCCCCAUCUGUGAAAUAAGGACUCCACCUUUAGGGGGCCCUCCAUGUUUGCUGGGUAUUAGCUAAGCUGGCCCUAGGAGACAGUAAAUACUGUCCAUGGACUCCCAAGCCAGCUUGUUUCUUAUGCCAGGGGCUAACAAAUCCAGUGGAAGUCCAUGGUAUCAUGCCAAGACAGCAUCAGGCAGGCCCAGGAAGGGGAAUGUAUGGGCCCUGCUUCCCACAGCCAUUUGGAAUCUGUCUUCAAACAAAGGAAUUUCAGUCGAUAGACGUGGAAGCUGGGAGGAGACAGGCCUAUGCGUGCCCUCCAGGGUCAUCUCUGCCCUGCCUUUCUCUGGAGCAUUCUGAAAACAGACAUUCUGGCCCAAGGAAUCCAGCCAUGACCACUGCCCCCUGCCAAGGUGCCUUUAGGUGCCAGUCUGGUAACUGAACUCCUUCUGGAAACAGGCUUGAGGGACGAUUCCUGAGGUUUCCCUUGAAAGCUUUUUUAUUUAUUUUGUUGAUUUAUUUAUUGGAGAGGCAGCAUUGCACAGUGAAAGAAUUCUGGGUAUCUCAGAAACCCCAAAGUUCUAGCUCUGACUCUACUGUUUCCAGCAGUGUGACCUGGGGGAAGUCACUUAUCCUCUUGGAACCUUAGUUUCUUCAUCUGGAAAACAAUGACUGACUCGUCUAAUUCAUAGGGAUGUGAGGUUCUACUGAGGAAAUGGAUAUGAAUGUGCCUUGAACACAAAGCUCUGUGAAUUAGUGAUACAUGUUUUUUAUUCCAAUAAAUUGUCAGGACCACAGGAA